UCCAGGGUAAAUAAUUUUAUGCCGGAGUGGCAGCUGUGCCCGACCAGCGCAGUGGAGAAAUGGCCUCCGGCUUGAGUAGAGUUUGGUCCGGCUUGUCCCGGGCUCGCCUAAGCGCAGUCCGUUUGGCUCGUCCGGUGUCGCAGACUUCGACUUCGACUUCGACUUCGGCUUCCAGCGCCGCCCGAGCAGCGACCGUGGCAGAGUUACAACCGCACGCGAAGGGAGGUCACGAUCACGACGAGGUCAAUCCGUUCGAGAAGAACCCAGACUACCACGGCUUUUCCGAGGACCCCGUCGUGGAUGAGUGGAACAAGAGGCUGGCCUUUUUCUUCGGGAUCUCAAUGAUCGUCAUCGCAGGGACGUUCAUCCAUUAUUUACCGGACCACGGGAUGAGGCAGUGGGCUCGGCGGGAAGCAGAGAGACUGGUCACACAGAGAGAGGCACAGGGUCUGCCUGUGCUCGACGAAAACUACUACGAUCCUGGCAAGAUUAUUCUCCCCUCAUCCUCGGAGGAGUAGAGCCUACCAUUUGUACCGCUUGGUAUCUUGUUCAUUUGUUUGACUGUACAUUUCAUUAUAGUAAAGUAGAAUAUUAAAGUCACAAUAAACACCUUAUGUUAUUA